GGAUCGGCUGCUCUCGCCUGGGCAAAUCCGAGAGGCCUGUCAACACAAGUUUACGCUCCGGAGGCGCCGAAGGUCGAUUUCACUCUUAUUUCUCAUGAACUCGCGGCAGUCUUCCUCAAGCCCAUGACCCAACAAGAGCAGAAUGAGUUCAAGGAGAGCUGCGAGGACGCCCUGUCGUGGAUGCAGGCCGUCCAGGAGAGGCUCAGGCUCAAUGACAACACUCAGGGGCCCAGGGCAGCGCUGGAGGCCAGGCUGAGGGAGACAGAGAAAAUCCGCGAGUCGGAGCAGGAUGGUCGGCUGAAGAUGGACUUGGUGCUGGCGGCUGCAGACACACUCCUGAAUAGUGGAGACGAGGAAAUGAAGAACCAAACUCACUCCAAACUGAAAGACCUGAAGGCUCUGUGGGAGGAGACUUCAACCUACAUCAUCCACUGCCACAGCCGUAUAGAAUGGGUGUGGCUGCACUGGAGUGAGUAUCUGAAGGCCCAUGAGGAGUUUAACAUGUGGCUGGUGAAGAUGCAGAGGACGCUGGAGCCACAGCUGGAACUGCAGCUGGGCCCGCGCGAGAAGCUGUGGCAGCUGGACCAUCACCGUGUCCUUUGCAGUGACGUGAAAGCCCAGGCUCAGCUCCUGGAGAGGCUGGUGGAUGAGGCUGCGGCUCUUCACAACCGCACACAGGACACCAGUGUGGACGAAAACGCCCAGGACGCACUGCAAGAGGCCUACAACAGCAUCCGUACCAAAGCAGAGGAGAGGCUGGCUCUGGUCCAGAAAGUGGCAGAAGAGCACCAGCAAUACCAAAAUCAUGUUCUUGAGUUCCAGAAGUGGCUGGUGUUGAAAACGGAAGAAGUGAGCCGCUUCACAGAGCUGGAGGACACUUCUGAGAAUAGACUGCAGGCCCUGCAGGAGCUGGACGCCAGUGUAGCUCAUGAGGAAAAGACAUUACGGUACAUUGAAGGUUUGGCUGAGGCUGUGAAGGUCAACACGUCUCCGGCUGGAGCGGAGUACAUCACAGAGGAGGUGGAGGAGCUGCGGCUGGCCUGGCAGAGACUCCGUCAGGCCCUGGUGGACAUCCAGGAGGAACUGCAGAGCUCGCUAGACUCCCACAGUCAGUACCUGGCCCGCAGAGAGGGGCUGGUUGCUGAUAUCGGGCAGCUGCGGGCGCUGGUGCAGAAAAUGAGCCGCGAGCUGGAGAGUAAAGAUGGAGAGAGGACGGAGGAGCACAUGGUGACUCAGUGGAGGAAAUACACAGGCGUGCGGAACGCGCUUUUGGCAGAAGAGCCGAGGGUAGAGCAACUCAAAACCCAGCUGAAGGAGUUAUUCCGGUUCCCUCAGGACCACAGAGAGCUGUCUGAUGAUGUUCUGGCUGCAGUUAAAGAGUAUCAAAGUGUGAAAGGCCGCUCGUCCCGGCUGUCCUCGGAGAGUGAGACCGCUCUGAGGCAGGUUCUGCAGGACCCUCUACAUGGCUUUAGUCAGUGGAGUCAGGCUGUGUCUCAGGUUCUGGAGGCUUCAGCAGAAGUGACCGAGUUUUCCCACAUCGCUCUGCUCGUGCAGAAUAUUGAGAAGCUCCUAAAGCACAGUGUGCAGCUCCAGGAACGUUUGAGCCUGCUGCAGGUGAAGGCUGAUCUCCUGACCGCCGUUUUUGGGAAGGAGAAAGCAGACAGUCUGUUGGAGGAGCUCACUGCGGACAUGAGGAAGAGGGAGCUGCUCCACAGCCAGCUUAUGCAGAGGAAGAGUCGACUACAGGGACUGAUCUCAAGGACGAAGGACUUUGGUGAUGCCUACGACUCUAUUCAGAAGAGACUGGCCUCCAUAAAGGAGAGAUUUCUUGCAGCAGAAGGACUCCAACCUGACAUUCUUGCCAAGAAGAGCCAGGCUGACCAGCUAAAGGUCAUUAAGAGGGAUCUCGAGGACAGUGAGGCGCACAUCACAGCUUUGGAGACGCUGGUGUCGUCCAGCCCGACGAACAGGACGAAGUUUGAGCGCCUCUAUGCGGACUGGAAACUGCUCUAUAAAGCGGUUCGGGUGAAGGUAAAUGAAAGUGAGGAGAGCAUUUCUGAGCAUGAGAGUUUCCACGAGAGUCUGCUGAACGUGGAGAAAUGGCUGAUGAUCAUGAGGCAGAAGCUGGAGUCGUUCCGCGGGCCGAACGGAGAGUGGAGCGUGGAGAACCGGCAGCAUGAAGCGGAGAGGGCGCUGGGGGAGUUCCCUGAGAAGGAGCUGCAGCUGCACCGGACGGAUGGACACGGUCAGGCCGUGCUGGCCAAGACCUCCGAGGAAGGCAAAGUUCACAUUCAGCGAGACCUCAAACGCCUCCGUGAAUCAUGGAUGUCCCUUCACUCGCUCAGUCUUAACCUCUACAGGCUUCUUAAUGGUCACCGAGCAUCAGGGGAACCAGAUUCUUCCUUUUACGCACAUGAGACCUUAAACGAGGCAGAUGAUUUCCUGGAGCUUGACCAGAGACGUGUGCCAUUGGAGGAGGCCGGUUCACUCAGAGGCAGCGGAUCUACAAGCAGAGCCAGAGCAGAUGGUCAUCCAGGCCAGGAGCUCGACUGGCCUUAUGAGGGCUCAGGGUUGGGCAGAGGGUCAGGAUUUGAAGCUGAUGGGAGAUUUGUUACAGGUCAUGAUGGAGGAGGUCAGAUAGCUGAUGGGCAGUUCAGUCCUGGAGGUAAAGUCAAAGUUCGUCCAGAGAUGAGAGGGAAGACUGCUGUGGAUGAUGUGGACUCGAUGGUAAUAGGAAGAGGCUACGAGGAGCAGAAGGAUAGAGGAGAUGAGUAUGGAGCAGGUUUGGUGAGGAGAGGAGGCUCCAGGAGUGGAGGGAGGACAAGAGAAUGGGUUGAAGAUCAUGCACCUGGUAUAGAGGAUCUUGAUUUGGAGGGAAAACGUGGCUUAAGUAAGGAUCAGUAUUUAAGUGAAGACCAAACUGGAGCUGGACUCACAAGACGCAUCAGAACCUCAGACGCCGAAUUUAGGAAAAGGCAGCCGUCUCCAUACAAACCAGGUGCAGCUCACGGAUUUUUGGAGAGUGACGUGAGAGAGCGUGAUCAUGAUUGGGAGGCUCUUCGGAGAGAGUUCGAGGCUUGGCUUCGUAAGGAAAACGACAAACUCUCAGCAGUUGUAAACAACCAAAGAGUUUCCAGCGCCAAAGAACUGAAGAUAAGACAGAAUACACUCAAGGGUUUGCGUGCUGGGGUGACCAGGGGUCAAGCUCUGUUCCAGCAGCUGAUGGACGCCUGGCAUUCUGAUGCUGGAAGAGAAGAUGUGAGUAUGGAGGAGCUGCGGUACAAAUGGAUGCUCUACAAAUCCAAACUGAAGGACGCAGAACAUGUCAAAGCUCGGCUCAAACCCAAGGGUGACGGCGUCCAGCAGGAGGAGCUCAUCCGAACUUCAAAGGAGAAGAGUUGCUGUGGGUUCCUGUACCGUGUCUGUCGCGUGGCUCUCCCUCUGCAGCUGCUCCUGCUGGCUCUGCUGCUGCUGGCCUUCCUGCUGCCCAUGAUGGACGAAGGCACCAGCUGCUCACUGUCCAACAACUUUGCCCGCUCCUUCAACAUCAUGCUGCGUUACCACGGCCCGCCGCCCACCUAAACGCGUACCCACGCACACCUACAUGCUCCGGAGAGGCUUUUUCUCAGAGCGCCCCCCCCCCGACCAGUAUAGCUGUGGAAUGUAAACCUUAUGUAAUGGACUUAACGCUGAAUUGAAAAACAAAAGCCUGCGGAGAUGCACAGUUUGCAGCUCGUCCUGCGUCCCCCAGAGUCGACUACUUUAGCUUCAUAUUUCACACUCGGCUGGGCCCAGCAGAACAGGAGCUCGUGUGUGUGUAUGUAUGUAUGUGUGUCUAUGCAUGUGUGAGUGAGUGGGUGGCUCGCUUUGACACUCGCAACCUGUUCCACAUGACUCAAGCUGUUCCGCUCUCUUCAUCCAUUUGAAGGAGGCAGUGGAGUGCAGAAGCCCUUUACAAGGCAUUUCUGUCCUGCUUCGCUGUUCCACUGCGCUGUACUGCACAAUAGUGCUACUGUAUGUGCUCAGUUGGCAUAACUAACCUGCUUUUUCUCAUGCUACAUUUCAGAAAAGCAGAAUUUCCCCAGGCCAUAUUUUAACCCUGGAAAGCCCUAGCUGUGGCUGUUGUUUAGCAGUACUUAAACAUGAAUUCCAUCAGUUGUUCACAAUUUCUGCAUCAAUUGACUUCAUUUUAUAAUCUUCCGAGCGUCUGUAUGUAAUCUUUUUUCUUAUAGCAAGCUACACGUACCCCUCCAGUAUUAAUGGGUUUAUAUGUUUCAGAUAAAAAUCUUCUCAGAACCAAUUUAAAGCCGCGUCUCCGGCGUCAGGCAGUGAAUUCAUAACCAUAGCGUGUAAUAAGUUUCCAUGAGGGAGCUUUUAAAGACAAACUCUUUGGACGUCGGGCUCCUAUCACCCCUGAAUCGGCAGGUUGUUCUACAACGGAGCAUUUCACACAGAACCACUCCGAACGGCGCUGUUUACGUCUUAACCGUUUAAUUAUGCAGAAAUGUUGAAAAAUGAGGAAUUCCCUUUUAAAUAAGUUCAGGGCAUAGUUAGUUACAUCAGAGAUGUAAAUGUAAAAGAAACAAACACUUAACCGAAUGGGAUAGUUUGUAACGUUUAACAAUCAGGAUCAUUUUUAUGCAUUAUUUGAGUCAAAUACCACAAACUGUCAUGAGUCAUUUUUGUUAGUUUUUACCACUUUUGUCAGAUUUUGCCAUUUUCCACUCAACCCAAUAGGAUAAAAUUAGCGUAUAGAGAAAUUGUUACUUCUCUAUAAAAUUGAAUUAAUUUUGACAUAUUGUCAGUUUGUUGGUUAAACAGUCCACUCGGUUAUUAUUAUUAUUAGUAUUAUUAUUAUCAUUUCUGUGUUUAGGGAAUUACAUUUUCUUUUUUGAAUGGACUUUUCUCCAUUUGUAUCAAUGUCAAGAAAUUGCAAAAUGAGAUAAGCGUGAAGAAGUUUUUUCCUUCACAACACAAUAACUUCAAACCAUCAUCUCAGAUGGUGCCACAGACAUCCGUGUCCAGGUGUCCAAGACAGUAUAAUUGUUCUCUCUUUCUCUCGGGGUGGGUGAUGGUCCUCCCUCGCCCCUUAUCACUCAGUCACAGAAUUAGCAGUUAGUGUUCUCCUCCAAGCGUAUUGAGCUGCUUUCAGGGUGGAUGCGUUUCGGCUCAUGUCCUCAGCACCCUAGGCAAGGCAGGUUUAUUCAUAUAGCACCUUUCAUCCACUUCAGUCGUUCGAAGCGUUUUAUAACCGAGAAAAUACGAAGAUAAUUCAGAUUAAAAUUUUAAAAGAUAUACGAGGACAGAAAUGAAAAGUGUGAUUUAAAACAUGAUCAUAAACAAUGAAUUUAAAAGAGGAGAAAUUAAGCAUUAAAUAAAAGUAAUAAUAAAUUAUGAUAGUAGGAGGGUAAAGUGCUGUUACAGGCUAGAAGUGCAGUAGAGCUAACAGUGUUUAAACUGACCGAAAGCGGCUCAAAUAGGAACGUUUUGAGCCUGGAUUUAAAAGUGUCCAGUGCCGGGGCUCUUUUAAUGUUCUCUCUCAACGGGUUCCAUUUAAGAGCAGCAUAGUAGCAAAACACUCAGAACCAAAAGUCAAGUUAUAAUAAAUAGUUUUCUUUACUGCGUACAAAAGAUAUGAACAUUUCUCCACUGGUUUGAGAAAUAAUGAAUAUAAAAUACACCAUGCCUUUGUUACGCUGUCAUAUAUAGUAUCUGCAACUUCUGAGAGUUACAUUCUGUCAGAUAUUUUUUUAUUUUUUUAUUUUUUAAGCCCGAUUUUCUCCCCAAUGUAGUCGUCUCCAAUUCCACCGGCUACUUAGGACUCCCCCAAUCACACGAUACUACCAACGCUAGGA